CAACAUUAACCUGAGAAGGUCGAAGUACACUAUUGUUUAAAGUGAUUAUUUUAUUCAUAUCAAAGACACAAUAACCAUUUGAUUAUUAUUCGUGUUGAUUUUUAAUGCAAAUAAACAAAAAGGUUUGUUUCAUAAGAUGACACUUUUACGUCAUUUGCCGUAAAAAGUCAUAGCGCGAGACGAGCAGACGAUCUCCGUGAAAUCGCCGGAAGGAGUAUAUAUGUGAUAGGCAUGACACAUGACUUAUUGUAUUUUUUAAUCUACUAAUUACUUUAUAUGACGAUCAUUUGUUUCAGUUUCUGAAUUGAGUACUGUAGGAAUUAUUACAAAGAUUUAAAACAACAGAAUGUCAAGGAUUGUGUGUUUAGUCGCCCUGGUGGUAACACUCCCGAUACUAAAAGCCCAAGUUAUGAUGGACCAAGACACUGGAAACAUUGGAGUACUUGAUGCACUUAUGACUGGUGGGUCAAAUGUCACGGAUCGACCUAGGACAGAUUUCACUGGUCGGGCAGAAACUGGAAGAGUGAGCGGAGUCACUUUCCCCGCAGAAAGGGGAGGGGGAUUUAGAUUUGAAGACCGUGGAACCGGAAUGGUUGACCGUGGUAUGGGAACAGGAAUGAUUGACCGUGGUAUCGGUACGGGAAUGGUUGACCGUGGUAUAGGAAUGGUUGACCGUGCUAUGGGCACAGGUCCAAUUGGUUUCGGCCGUCGUGACCGAAAUGAUACAGUUCUGUCUCCAGGCCUGGCGUCUAUAGAGCAAAGACGUUUGAAUCGACUUUGCGCGGAGAAAUGUAAAACUGAGCAUUGUUACCUGGCCGACGAAUUAGACUGUCGUAAUUUUAUAAAUUGUCAGCAGGACAUGAGAGGUAGUUAUUAUGCUACACUACAGCCAUGCGCAUUCGGAACGUAUUGGGCAGGACUUCAGUUACAACAGAAAAUUACGUGUGAUGUACCGGAAAACAUAGUGUGCAAUAUAGAUUACUGCGCCGGUCUAGCUAAUGGUGCCAGGUACGACCACCCUGACGGAAACUGUAAAACAUACUGGAGAUGUGGAAGAACCGGUAAACCGGAACCAAGAUGUUGUCAAGAUGGGUUUAGAUUUGAUAACAGACUGAACGAGUGUGUCCAAGAUCUACUUGGCAGGUGUCAUGAUAAAUGUCCAAUUAAAACAGACGCAUGCGUUGGUAAAGGCAACCAGACAGAAUUUUUUGAUGAUGGAAAUUGCGUUACAUUUUGGGAUUGCGAAGAUUUUAAUCCACAUCCGGUUUGCUGUCCAGAAGGUCAAGGUUAUGAUGCUGUUAGAGGCUGUAUCAAUAAUCCUUUAUGCAGGGACAUAUGCCCUGACCAGUACAAACCCGAUAUCUGUCUUCGACCAAACGUUGAGAAAUAUUCACUGUUAGAUGGAUCUUGUAGAACAUACAUGAGAUGUAACGCGGUCGAAGGUGAUGAACGCUGGUGUUGUCCAUCAAAUUUCGUGUUUGAUGGAAAUACACAAUCAUGUAUUGAGAAAACCCCCGAUAUGAAUCUAACAUGCUCAGAUGUGUGCCCUGGUGGUUUCAAAGAAGUAUGUCCACUUAGACCAGCUUUUAACGAAUCAGAUCAUUUUCUGACAUUUUCACAUGGUAUCCCAACAAAGAUGCCAUGUGCUCCGGGAACAGAGUUUGCCUUGUAUGCAUGUGGCUGCGGAAUACCAGUUGAAAAUCCUCCAGAUAAUUCAUGUGCCCUUGAACUUGAUAUAUUGUUUGACGCCCCAACUUGGCACAGACUCGGAAGCCAGAGUGCUGUAAAGAUAGAAAGUAUUGGAACAAUAGGGGAAGGGCCAAAACUGAAUGGCAGAACUUCUUUCAAAUUCAAUGGAGAUUUAUACUUCCGAACACCAUUUUUCCAGUCUCCAUAUGAAAAUCUUUACAUUAAGCUUGUAUAUUUACCUGAAGCAGAUGGCUCCAUUGGAAACUACAAGCAAAUUCUUUUGUCAAACUGUAUGAGAGUUGAUCUCGGAGCCCCGUCUCUAGAAUUAUAUUUACAGAAUAAUGAGUUGAUCCUUGAACUGGCCACUGACGGAACACAAUUAAACACCUCCUUCCCGAAUCUAGCUGUUGGAAAAGUCCAAUAUACACCUGGAAUGUGGAAUACACUAACUGUCAUUUACAAUGGUCGUGAUGUGUACAUGCUGAAUGAAGGAACAGGAUUACCUACCUUUGAUAGAAAACCACUCACGGGAGCUAUCUCCGUGGCUGCUGAAGGGCUAGACUUUGGAGGAUGUUACACACAUAGAAAUCGUACCGAGGGAUAUAUGGGCUCCUUAGCUGAGCUCCAGUUCUCCAAAUGCUUGCACCAGAAAUGGAUCGAUACUUUCAACGCGAAUCUCCCGGAUCAGCCUUGAUCAACGUUUAUAGUUUUUUUUAUUAGAAACAUAUAGACCUUUUUACAAUACGAUUUUCCAUUGCAACGAAUGUUGCAUUUCGCGCAUGCGCAUUCUGCGUAGGGCAGAAAGCAAUAACGAUGUCUACAGUUUAUCAUACUUUAAGGCUUAAAUAGAUGCUGUUUCAUGUUAUGUCAACCAAAAAACAUUAAUUUUGGGAUGUUAAGUACAGAAAACGUGAAUUUAUUUUUUAAGAGAUCUACGAAAAUGUGCGGGAGUAAAAAUUUCAUGGUCAAAACGGGCACACACAUAUCUUUGUUUAAGGUAUCAUUAGACGACUUUUCCAUCAGUAAUUUAAAUUGAAACAGCAGGGUGUUAAAGAUAAAAUUUUAUUACCCCUGUAUAACAUAAUAUUACACAAUUUGUAUUGUACACUUCCUUUCAAUAACUGUAUUGGUCAGGCGGCAAGUGUCAAACAGAUUGGCACCCGAAUGUUUGUUCAUUGAACCGGGACGUUUAAAUAUCAUGAUAUAGUUAAUCAGUUACGCUUAUUAAAAUGGUAAUUUACGUAACUUUUAAAUACACCGAUCAAUGUUUAUGGAUUUUGAGAAGAGAAAAAUUGUGUCACGUGCAUAAUUAAAAAUAACAUGUAUUACGAAGAAGCGGAUAAAAUGUGUGUGAUAUCCUUUCCAAACAACCGAUCUUAACAUCUCAAGAUUUUGAAAAAAAAAUCAAUUAUUUAAAAUCUAUUCAUGUGCCUUAAAUUUUUCUGUUUGCAUCACAGGCAAAUCGUAUAAAGGAUAAAAUCAGGUAUAUAUUGAACACUAAAAAUGCAUUAUCACCUGUUCUGAUAUUUUUCUGAAUGAUAAUUUAUCUCCAUUUCAUGAUAUAUAUUUUGUUUGUUUUUAAAUGAACUAUUUCAACAGCAAAUAAGUUGACGUUUCAUUUGCAUAUAGAUAUAUCUCCACAUCUUCUUUAAAAUAAUGAUCUCAGUGUCAGUUCCGUGAUCGUAAAUUCUUAAACAAGUAUCUUUUCAUGCC